AUGCUCGUCGACAGCAUCACGCACGCUCACAGCGACGUGUACGCCAGCUCAGCGCAGCUUGCGAAGCGCUUGCUCGCCCCAUUGCAGUCCCGUCCUCCUCCCCAGCUCCCGAACGAGCUCCUCACCGAGAUCUUCGAAGCUGUCGACAAGACGAAGCGCAUGCCCACGCUGUACUCACUCUGCCUCGUCUCGAAACGAUUCCGCCUGCUUGCCGAACCGCUCUUGUACCGCGACCCGACCGGAGUCAUUCAAGUGGGCGCUUACAACGACCACCUGCUCGAGACGCCACUCACAACUCGGUUCUUUUUCCCUCCUUCGCUCGUGCCCCAAGUCGAAACCCUCCAACUCGUCGUCUCAUGCCGCGGCUUCCCCCCUUAUUUCAGGCCAGAGGUCCCUCCCAUGCCGGUCUUUCCGAACGUCGACACUCUCGCUAUUACAACCCCGCAAGCGUGGCACUGGUGUCACAAGCAAGUCAUGUUCUCCCUCCUGCGCGCGCUCGCACCCUACUUUCCGCGUCUUGAUGACCUCGAUCUCAGCUCGGCGCCCUUUCGUGUGGUCUUCCCCAAGUAUGACUACUCUGCGGUGCGCAAAGGAAUGCCUACCAUCUCUUAUAUGACUGUUCUGGAGGAAGACGGGACGACCGACCGUGUCUGGUUCUUGGACGUGCCGUGA